AUGCCGGCGUAUCACUCAACUAUGCAGGAGGAGAACACCAGGACGGUGGGGAACAUGGCUUUACUGCCCCUUAAAACACAGUUUAAGGGACCGGCGAGAGGAGACGGCAUCGAUUCUGACAUUAUUGAUGAGGCUAUCUACUAUUUCAAGGCAAAUGUUUUCUUCAAGAACUACGAGAUAAAGAAUGAGGCAGACAGGACGCUGAUCUACAUCACGCUGUAUAUUUCUGAGUGUCUAAAGAAGCUGCAAAAGUGCAGCUCUAGGGGCCAAGGGGAGAAGGAAAUGUACACACUCGGCAUUACCAACUUCCCCAUUCCUGGGGAGCCCGGUUUCCCGCUCAACGCAAUGUACGCCAAACCUGCUAACAGGCAGGAGGAAGACACAAUGAGGUUGUACCUCCAGCAGAUCAGACAGGAGACUGGAUGGAGGCUAUGUGAACGUGUGUUCGAUCCCCAGACAGACAAGCCUAGCAAGUGGUGGAUGUGUUUUGUCAAGAAGCAGUUCAUGAACAAGAGUCUGUCUGCACCAGGACAGUAA